AUGACAACAUCAUCAGACUAUACAAGUUUGAAAGUCCAUAUAACGGCAGUAUUAUUAUCGGCUAAGGGUGGAUUAACCAUAGAACAGUUCAUAAAAGAUUAUCAAACUUUAGUUUCACGUCCACUUCCGUUUGAAGAAUUUGGUUUCAAAGAUGUUAUUUCGCUAUUACGAUCAAUGAAAGAUGUAUGUUGUAUUGACGAGAGAAAUGGUUUAAUUUAUGGUAUAGGUAAUGAAAACACUGCCAUUAUAGAAAAAUUUGUACAUGAACAAAAGGAUAGAAAACGACGAGGUUAUCCAAAUAUAGGUGGAUAUCAUAACAAUGGAUAUCGUAAUAGGGGAAGGAACACUGUGUAUCGUGAAAACUCCUAUCGUGAAGCUUCAGCAUCAGACGUUAGAUCCACCGCUUUUAGAGCACGGCCCUAUCAAUUUAAUAAUAGUUCUUUACAUUCGUACAACAAUUUUCCCUAUCGAUCUGAUAAUCAACAAAGACCAGCACAACAGCGUCCAGUGAUAAGUCAAUUAAACGAAUUUACUCCGUCAAGAAAUGAAAACUCAAUCUUGUAUAACGAUGAUAAAUCCUUUACGCAGACACAACAGCAUAAUAGUUAUGAAGUUGAUGACAAAAAAACUUUAUCUGUAAAUCUGAACAACACGAAGAAUAGUAUGGAUGGAAAAGAUGUUUCAUCUAUACCAUCUGUAACAAUUGAAAGACAUCCUGAACAUGAACAUGAACAACAGCUAUCAUCCGAGCAAUCGGAGUCGAAAUUGAUAGAAAAUCAUAAUAAAAGCGAAAAACAACGUAGUCGAAAUAAACACUUUCAUAAUACUAUUUUAAGAACUGCGCGUCCAUUUGAACGUGAAUUUUCUUUAACAUUACUUUUUGAUCAUGUUGUAAUCGAUAAAAAUGAAGUUAAUAUUAUGCUUCAUGACGAUAUUGAAGAAAAGCUUAAUGAUCUUCUACGUAUCGUAUCUAAUAUUAUUAAUCUAUUAAAAAUAGAAAAUUAUACUAAUCUGAUAAACUCUGAUACCGUUCAACAAAUAAUUCGUUCGACUUCUGUUUUAUCCAGUAUAAAUGUUGAACAACAGAUAAUAACAUACAAUCAAUAUUUGAAUUUUGUCAAGUCAAUCAUGCCAGUUAUACACGCAAUUGAUGAUCAGAUGGGUUCUCUAUUAACAAUAUAUUAA